CGCGCUGGCUCCGCGCACACAACUACGACUAUGCUGGUGCUCGCUUGUUGCUUCGCGGCGGUGGCGGCUUAUGGCGAAGGAGAGGCUCGACGCGGCGCGCCGCCGGCGGGCACGCUGAGCUCGCUGGGCGCGGGCGAGGAGCGCGCGCCGCCGCUCUACCGCCCCGGCUCGCAGGCGUACGUGGUGUCGCAGUUCGUGAAGCCGCGGCCGCCGCACCAGUACUGGCAGGAGGAGACGGCGGCGACGCUGGAGCCCGAGAACCGCAACUGCCUGCUGUGCGAGGCGCAGGACUCGGGCGCCUGCCGCGCCAUGCCCUCCUGCGUGUACUGCGAGCCCACCGUCACCGCGCUCGCCGAGCGCAGCACGCCGUGCCUGCGCUGCACAGUGAUCAAGAACCCGUUCUUCAAGUGCAUCCCGGGCGAGAAGUACAUGGACGAGUGCGACUCGUGCCGCUGCACGGACGGGCGCGGCGGCCGCUGCACCGACCACUACUGCGAGUUCCGCGCGCUGCAGCUCUACGCGCUCAAGCUGUCCGACGGAGAGUUCUACUGACCUCACCCUCUCCCACACCGUCCUACUCCCUGCCAGUCAACCUGCCACUCAUCCGUACAUCCUCGUCACACAGUGCGGCGCUCUCGGCGCACUGCACAGAGGGCUCCCGGGCGAUGACCGCGGUGGGUGGGCGUCGGGAUAAUCCUUAGAGAAUUGGUGCUAAUACUUUCCCAGUAACUAUUUUCUACCGUGCAUUUAAUAACACAAAUAGUGUAUUCUAAUACUUAAAAUGUUUACUUUCUACUUCCGGCAAGAUCUACUUGUCGACGUGAAGCGCAAUCUUCUUAUGCAAUAAACUCAGUGACGGAUUAACCCUUAAUCAAAUUAAGCAAUUGCCUAGGGCAUCACGUCUGAGGGGGCACCAGAA